UCCGCUCAGUCCGUCGCCGUUACGUCGGCCUCCGAUGUGGCGGAGGCGGCUAUCGCUGCGGAUUCCAGGAGCCGACGAGAAGAGGAGCCCCUGCGUCUGACGCGGCCUUCGGGGCGCGAUUCAUGGACUGCAUUCCGCCGGGACGAGUCUCGGUCUCCUGCUGUUCCGGUGCCCAGCCCGGCGAGUCCGUCGCGUCGGACCAAUGAGACACGAGCAGGCCAGGCCGGAGCUGAGGUCGAGUUCGGGCUCGGGGAUCGAGAGGGCCGCAGCUUGGAUCCGACUGGAGGCGGGACGCGCGAAGCCGCCGCGAAGACGAGACGCGUCGGCCCUUGGCCCGGGACUCGAUCCAGCGUCACAUCAACCGGACCUGAGGCGCCCAACUUGGACUGGCCGACGCUGGGCAGGCCGGAAUUCGGCUUUCUCGACAGCCAUCGCCUCUCUUCCUCGGCCUCGUUGGCUGGCGCUGACGACGAAGACUUCUCUGACCAACAGGAGGUGAGUUUUAUGCCGAUUGGAAAGGUUGCGUCUGGCGACAGUUUCGUGUAUCGUCUUGGCAACUUUGCUAUCCUCGGUUCUCGGCACAAUGUGAGCAAAGAGUGA